CUCGGCCUGAGAACUCUGAAACUCUUUUCGAUCUUCUCUGUCCCUUGGUGUCCAAUUCCAAGAAAGAAAAGAAUCCCCCAGCAGAGAGGAUCGGAGUCCAAUCCAAUCCCUUUCCGGCCGCCGCCGCCUCCGUGCUCUCCGUCUCCCUCCCCGCCCCGCGUUGGCGUUGCUUGCGCUCCUAUUCCUACUCCCCCACCAAACUGUUACCCGCGUCCCCCCAACCAUAAAUAACCUCACCCCUCUCCCUCCGCCCUCUUCCCGUGCACGCCCGCUUCCGUUUCCACUUCCCGCCGCAAUAAACAAGUCCCAGUUGGGAGUUUGCUUCGGUUGGGCCGGGGGUUCAGAUCGUUCUUUGCUGGAGUAGAGAAAGAGAAUUCAGUCGGCGGCGAUGGGUAUCCUCUCGCUCAUCACCGGCAAGGCGGGCGCCAGCGGGUUCGGGUCCGCGUCCACGGCGGAGCAGGUCACCGACGGCGUCGACGCCAGCCGCCUCACCGUCGUCAUCACAGGAGGAGCUAGUGGCAUUGGUCUGGAGACCUCAAGAGUCUUCGCCCUGAGAGGAGCCCAUGUGGUCAUUGCUGCUAGAAACACAGAGGCUGCAUCAGAAGCAAGGAAGACCAUCAUGGAGAAGAACCCAACAGCACGUAUUGAUGUUCUGAAGCUUGACCUCAGCUCCCUCAAGUCUGUCAGGGCUUUCGCGGACCAGUUCAACUCGAUGAAACUUCCUCUGAACAUCCUGAUAAAUAAUGCAGGUGUGAUGUUCUGCCCUUUUCAACUGUCUAAAGAUGGGGUUGAAAUGCAAUUCGCGACCAAUCAUCUCGGACACUUUCUGCUCACCAAUCUCCUCCUUGAUACUAUGAAAGCCACUGCCAAGUCUACUGGUAUUGAGGGUCGCAUUGUGAACUUGUCAUCAGUUGCCCACCACCAUACAUAUCCAAAGGGAAUUGACUUUGAUAAACUCAACGAUGAGAAAAUAUACAAUGACAAAAUGGCUUAUGGACAGUCUAAGCUGGCAAACUUACUGCAUGCGAAUGAGCUCUCUAGAAGGCUGAAGGCAGAAGGAGCAAACAUCACAGUUAACAGUGUCCAUCCUGGAUUGAUCAUGACCAAUUUGAUGAGGCACUCCUUUGUUCUCAUGAAGGUGCUUCAGGUUGCCACUUAUAUACUGUGGAAGAAUGUACCCCAGGGAGCCGCAACUACUUGUUAUGCAGGACUGAACCCUCAACUCAAGGGAGUGACUGGAAAAUACUUUGCUGACUGCAACGUGGAGAAGACGAGCAAGCUGGCGAGGAGCGAGGAGUUGGCGAAGCAACUCUGGGACUUCAGCGAGGAGCUGAUCAAGUCUGCGAAAUGAGAGCCGAAAGAGCUGGAUCAGAGAAAUGUUCUGUUCCUGCUUGGCAUCUGGUGGUACAAGUGAUGACUGGUUAAUAUGUAGCGGUGGUUAUUAGGAACCUGAGCGAUGACUGGACCUUCGGUGGUGUUCAGAAAUAAAGUCUGCUUGCUUAUUUCCUAGAUUAAUUAGUCUGGUGUGGCAAAGAUCAACUUGUAGCGCUGUUAAUAUCUGUUCAAUAUACAUGCAGCUCAGUUCUGGCUUGAAAUUCAGAGUCGUGUUUGCCUGAAACAUGUAGUUUCAAUCA